CUCUGACCCACCGAAGAGCUCCAACUCUACAAACAUCAGUCAUGUCUGAGGGUACUCCUCCGAUUCUCUCCGUCCAUCCCUGUCAGGCUCUGGUUGAUGAGACGUUCAGUGUGGUGGUGGAGAAUCUGCCUCCAGGGCGUCCAGUCACCGUCCGCUCCCUCCACCAAUCUGAGGACAAGGACUUCUGGGAGGCCUACGGGCACUACGUCAGCGACCACCAUGGGACUGUCUCUGUUUCAGAAGAUUUGAGCCUCGGAGGAACAUACAGGGGAAAAGAGCCCAUGGGUUUGUUGUGGAGCAUGCGUCCUGUCCCGGGCAGCCGCACUGGCCUCAGGUUGAGGAAGGUAAAUGUGUGCGCCCCCUUGCUGUUGGACAUUUUGGUGUACAGCGGACACGACAACUUCAGAGAUAUCCCCCCGCUGGCCUCGACACUUGUAGAGAGGUGGUACAUGGCUCCGGGCGUCAAGAGGAUUGAAAUCAAUGAGAAAGGAAUUCGAGGGAUGUUGCUCAUACCUCCAGGUCCAGGACCCUUUCCCGGACUGCUGGACCUUUGGGGAGGGGGAGGAGGGCUGAAUGAGUAUCGUGCUGCUCUGCUGGCGUCCCAUGGUUAUGCUUCUCUGGCGGUGGAUUACUUCAAGGCUGGUGAAUUAAAGACGAAGGAUAUGGAACUCACAUUCUUUGAGAUAGCAUUUGAUAUUCUCAAGGAGCAUCCUCAGGUGCUGUCGGACAGAGUUGGAAUAAUUGGUCUCUGUCUUGGCUCACUCAUCGCCCUGUCUUUGGCAGCUUACAGCACCAAUAUCAAGCCUUAUUGUAUCAUUUGCAUCAGCAACAUCCACAGCAUCGCAUCCAAGAAGGCCAUUGGUGGAUUCCAAAAAGAGAUACCCGCGAAGUUUCGCAAGAUGCGCGUGGAUGAGAAUAACUGUCAUAUCUGGAGAGAUGUUGGCCUGGCGCUUCUCGAGGAGCCGUCAUUGAAAGUGGAUGUGAGGAAAAUAAACUGUCCAAUGUUGCUGCUUAAUGGUUGUGAUGAUCAGAACUGGCCUUCAGUGGAGGCAGCUGAUGAUAUCUACAAGAUGAUGCGUGCAGCUGGGAAGGAACACCUAGUGGCCAAAGUGGACUAUCCAGGUGCUGGACAUCUGAUUGAGCCGCCUUUUUCACCUCAAUUCAGAGCAACAAGUUUUGGGGCCCUUGGCGCUGAAGAAAAAGUGAUUGUCCUGUGGGGAGGAGAAACCAAAGCCCACUCUGAUGCUCAGGAAGACUCCUGGAAGAAGAUCUUGAGUUUUCUGCAGCAGCACAUGUACAGAAACCCUAGUACUAAAUCCAAAAUGUGAUUGGUCACAUGACUUCAGACUGCACUCCAGUCACUUCUCCAGAACCAUCAUGCACAUCAGAUUCUUCCA